AUGUUCUCACCAGUCACCAACAUGGAAAAAGAUCUCUACCACACAUGGAUAGUUAAGAUAAGACGCUCACAGUCACAUACGCCUAAUUCUAAAAAGCUUUGGGAGCCAUCUAAGCAUUCUCACGUCUGCUCAAAGCACUUCAGUUCUGACAGUUUCACGAAAGACCCGUUGUUACUCCAGGCUAUUAAUUUCACUGCAAAAGGCUUACGCCUAAAAAAAGAUAGUUUCCCGACAUUAUCACUGGGAGUAGAGCCGUUACUUGGACCUGAUACACCGAGAGGUGGUUUUAGAAAGAGAGAAAGACAAAGGGUUCUCCAAGACAUAUUUUCUAACUUUGACUUUGAGGAUGGGAGGAAAGUAAGGAAAGCCAAUCAAGACACAGGAGCAAGUUAUGAUCUGAUUCCACUAUUAGAAACUAGUACUAGUAAUAAUAAGUCUGAUAUUAUUGACCACCAAGUACCGGUACCACAAUCAAGCUCAAUUUCAAUAUCACCAGAUGUGGUACUUCAGAGAUCUGCAAAGACCUAUGUGAAAUCCACCCAAACAUUAAGAGGUGUGGUCAGUCAAGGUUGUCAGACAUCCUCCUCAUUUAUUAAGUAUGCUGAUGCUGCAACCCAAACAGACGAGUUACCACAGAAUCCUGUUGUGGUACAAGAAAUUGUUUCUCAAGUUUCUUCUUCUACUGCCAGUGAGGAUGAAUACACUACAGAUGAUGAAUUGAAUGAUAAGCAGGAUGAGGAUUGGUUUCCAUAUACGACUGAUGAUGAAAGUGAUGAUAGUGAUAGUGUUUUUAAUGAAAUAAAUAUUACUGAUAUUUUAAACACAGAUAAGGUUGAAGAAAGGAAAUAUAUUGUUUUUGAAUCAAAUAUAAAAGAGCUUCUAGAGGUGUGCAGAGAAUGUCACAAUAAGUGUGUAGUUGUGCUUAAGCAAAAUGUGGGUAGUAUGGUUGUUAUGGAGGCAACAUGUGAAGCAGGGCACACAUUUCUGUGGAGUAGUCAGCCAUCAAACAAUCAGUUACCAUUAGGAAACUUGUUACUUUCUGCAAGUAUCCUGUUUUCAGGUGCUAGUGUCACAAACAUUCUUAAUGUGUUGAACAGAAUAAAUGUGUCUUCAUUUACAGACAGAACAUACAGACAUAUUCAGUCUUGUUACCUGGUACCAGCUGUUAAGAAUGUUUGGUCACUUUGGCAAAUGGCAGCAGUAAGAGAAGUUAAAGGGAGAAAUGUAAAACUUGGAGGGGAUGCUAGGUGUUGUUCACCAGGCCACACAGCUAAAUAUGGUAGUUAUUCUCUUAUGGAUUUGGAGAGUGGAAUUGUCUUAGAUGUGCAACUGAUACAGGUUACAGAAGUUAAUAAUUCAUACGCAAUGGAGAAAGAGGGUCUGAUUCGGGGACUAGAGGCUCUGAAAGGAAAGGGAGUUCAAGCAACAGACCUAACUACAGACAGACAUUGUUCAGUGAGAAAGCACAUGAGAACUAUGGAACCAGAUAUAAAUCAUUGGUUUGAUGUGUGGCAUGUUGCUAAAGGUAAUAAAUAAUGAGUCACGUUUGUAAAACACAGUGUGUGUAUACAUGUAGAUAAUAAUAAAUGACUUUAAAACCAAAAUGUAAC